AUGAACCUUACAUCACCGAAUCGUCCUUUUAAACUACUACUGAUUGGCGACAGCGCCGUCGGAAAGACAAGCCUGAUGUUUCGUUUUGCAGACAAUACAUUCAUUGAAAACUUCAUACCAACGAUUGGAAUUGACUUCAAAGUUACAACAAUCAACAUACGAAACAAACAAAUUAAAUUACAGCUAUGGGAUACAGCUGGCCAAGAGAAAUUCUAUAAUAUAACAAGAUCUUAUUACCGUAAUGCUGAUGCGAUAGUCCUUGUUUAUGAUCGUACAGCAGCAAGUUCAUUUCAAAAUGUAAGCCGUUGGAUGAGAAAUAUCGAUGAGAACGCCCCUGAUGAUGUCCUACGAGUAUUAGUUGGAAAUAAAAGUGAUCUUCAUCAUUCGAUCAUUAUAUCAACGCAAGAUGGGAAAAAUUUAGCCGGAAAGUACAAUAUAGACUAUUUUGAAACAAGCGCAAAAUCAGAUACAAAUGUCAAUGUAUCAAAAAUGUUUUAUGCUUUAACAGAAAAAUUGCUUGAGCGACAUCGAGUGUUACCUAUGAUGCCAAUCGAUAACAUUGAUAUAUCAAAGCAAUCAUCGGACUCAGCUUAUGAACGAUUUGUGAGUUGUUGUUCAGCUGCAACAACAAUGCAUAAAUGA